UGUCAAUGUCAAAAAAUUACGAAAGCGACUUCGAAAGUAUUGAUUAUUUACUGUGUUUAGUGUUCACUUGUUUCGAACUAAACAACGCUAAGAUAAAAUUUUAAAUUAAAGCAGACUUACGCAGACAAGCUGUGUUAAGCUUUCCAGUAAACGUACAUUGAAAGAAGUAAUCCUGCGUUUCAAACGACUUAAAAUGAUUCCUAGUGAAAUAUUUGCCGAAGAUCUAAUGAGUACAGUUAUUCGUUAUGGCUUGUAUAUUGGUGCGGCUUUUCAGCUGUUCUGCCUUAUGGCUUGUGUUACUCUUACCGAUGAACAAAGCGAACCUCAUCCUUAUGAAAAGGCUUAUACUGACAGUGAUGAAUGCAGCUCAGAGCAAUCAUCUCCAGGGCACCGUGCAGCAAUGUCCAGAGCUAGACGGCAUGACAAAAAGAAGAGACGCUAGAUGAACUACUGACAGGCUAUGUUUCAAAAGGCAAAUAUUAAUAAACAUUGCUUGGUAUAUGCCAACUCUGCAAAA